AUUUACUGUUGGAGCACAUUAUCCUGAUAAUUAUACUAGGGAUACAGCGAUGGCCGAAAUGAAGCAAUUCGAUGAUAUCAUCACUCUCCCUGCCGAUUUCAAAGACUAUUACCGUAACCUCGCGACGAAGACUCGCCUUUCCAUCCACGAGGUCGUCCACCGUACUAAAUCUUUCAAGCUCCUGUUGAAAGUUGACACGGACUCGUAUGUUCACGUGGACCGUUUGCUCGACUUCAUGGAUUCUCACAAGAUGUGGGAAAAUAACAUUUCUGUCUAUGCAGGGGCGUUCGAAACUUCAAAUGUGGUAUGGAACCCUCGUGAUAAGGAUGAUAAAUGGUACGACGGUGAAUUCGCUGAUCUCACUGGAAUGGAGAAGUACCCUUGGCACGCCAAAGGUGCGGGCUAUGUGCUGUCCUAUAAGUUGGCAAAAUAUCUAUCCGAUCCACCAGUACCUCUACGAUCCUGGGUGCAUGAGGAUGUUGGUAUUGGUGCAUGGCUAAUGCCUGUCUCAUGGGAUCGUAUUGACAUGCCGGUCCGUUUUAUGGAGCCCCAGUGCGACUGCGCUACUCUAUGUACGGGUACGAUGUUCCAUCGCAACGAGGACGACCCGGAAGAGAAAGUUGUUAUUGACCAUUAUAUACCAGAAUAUCUUCAUCGAUGGCGACAGAGGCGAUUUGAGCUCUUCGGCGAUGAAUGUUGGAUCCCACGGCCGACUGAUGUUGAAUCACCCCUAGUGGACAUUGAGCCCUCAGCUGUGGAAACGGCUGAUUACAUACCACCUGUUACGAUGGGCUACUAUGAGACGAAGUAA